AUGGCGAAUUCGUUGCCGGAGGAUGCCCUGGCAGAAAUCCUCGUGAAACUGCCCGUCAAGACAUUGUUGAGAUUCUGCUGCGUCUCUAAAACAUGGUUCGCUUUGAUCAACAGCCCUUAUUUUGAAGACAAGCAUCUGAAAUACUUACACAGCAAGAAUCGCAAAGUCGUCCUCGUCAAGCGGUUCAUCAAGAACGAAUUCAAAACCCUGUUAUCAUUCCAUUCUCACGAUGAAGAUGAAUCUCUCCCCAGUGUUGCCCCUAAUAUAGAGCUACCUUCGUGGAAUCGUUACUCAUUCGACAUAUAUGGAGCGUGCAAUGGCAUCGUUUGCUUCUCGGAUCUCUCCGAAAUUCAUCUGUGUAAUCCUGCAACACGCCAAUUCCUGACACUUCCUCCAAGCCUCCGCUUUGAUCCACCAAAAGGGUUCAAAUCGGUCAGUCCACAUGCUUUAGGGUUUGGCUUUGAUCCAUCCACCCAAGAUUACAAGGUAGUCAAGCUAUAUAAACUUUAUCCAAAAUCAAGAAGUAAUUAUUCUUAUUUGGGGAUGGUGAUGGGAGUUCAAAUAUACAAGCUCUGUACAAAUUCUUGGAGAAAGGUUGAUCUUAUCCUUCCACAAGUAGUGAACAUUUAUCCCCCAUGUUUCCCUGCCACAGUCAAUGGAUGCUUUCACUGGGAUGCAUCUGACAUCGACCCUGAGUCGGGGUCGGUCAUGAGAAAUAUCCUUUCUUUCAACAUGUGCACUGAGGUUUUUAGAAAGAUAGAAUAUCCCUCUGAUGCGCGACAGCCGCAUGUAAGACCGGAUGUUUUCGUCUUGGAUGGGGAUCUUGCUGCUAUCUCGAUCAAAUUCCCUUACCUGCCAUUUUCCUCACUCUUGUAUGAGGAAACCAUGGAUAUAUGGGUGAUGAUGGAGUAUGGCGUCAAAGAGUCUUGGAUCAAGAAAUUUUCCUUACAAACCCCCAUGGCUGGACUUAAUUUACCAUUAUCCUCUUGGAAUGAUGAUAAGCUGCUUUUGCUGCAAAGGGUUGGUGAGGAUGGAUGUUUGAUUUCUCGCUCUCUGCGUGAUAACAGCCAAGCAAUCAUGAAAUAUGACAUUUUUGGGACUGAACUUACCCUAAGAGCCAUUGUGUAUCAGGAAACAUUGGUUUCUCUCAGCGCAAGAGGUGAUGGAUUAUCAUGGCGGAAUAUGGAUGAUCAGCCAGGAGAAAGUGAAAGCUACUGA